AUGGCGACAAACGAAAAGCCGGCGAGUUUCGAAAACCACGACCAAUGGUACGAAGCAUCGCUGGCAUCGGUGUCCAAUAACUUAGCCAAAACGAUGUAUACAUACAAAAAUGUGUUCGAUGGCUUUUCUACGGGCCUCGCGGCCCAUGAGGCCGAGCACCUGAGCACUCUACCCGGGGUGAUAUCCGUCAUUCGGGAGACUAUAUACGAGCUCCACACAACCCGAACCCCUUUUUUUCUGGGUAUUGAGAACCCCACUAAAGAUUUUCCCAAGCCCAAUAUGGUGAGUGAAGUCAUUGUCGGGGUCUUGGACACGGGCGUCUGGCCUGAAAGCCCGAGCUUUCGAGACGACAAGCUUGGCCCCGUCCCGAGACGCUGGAGAGGUGGGUGCGAAGAGGCAAUUGAUUUCAGCAAAUCCAGCUGCAACAAGAAAUUGAUCGGGGCGAGGUCCUUUUCGAAAGGUUACCUAAGUUAUCUCAAUCAAACUAGGAACCCACAGAGCGAGCAAAUAUCCCCACGGGACAACGAUGGUCAUGGGACCCACACAGCGAGCACCGCAGCUGGGUCUCCUGUCCUAGGCGCCAACUUGCUGGGCUUCGCCAGCGGGACGGCGCGUGGGAUGGCGUCUAGUGCUCGGGUCGCCACGUACAAAGUUUGCUGGGAAGACGGUUGUUUUGGUUCUGACAUACUGGCCGGCAUGGACCGUGCCAUCUCGGAUGGUGUCCACAUGAUGUCCUUGUCUCUAGGCGGUAGGACCCAGGAUUACGACGAGGACGAGAUUGCAAUUGGAGCAUUCUCUGCGAUGGAGAGGGGCAUCCUCGUCUCUUGUUCCGCAGGGAACAGCGGCCCUGCACCUUCAAUUUUAUCUAAUGUGGCGCCGUGGAUACUAACUGUGGGCGCGGGGACCCUCGACCGCGACUUCCCAACAAACGUUACGCUUAACGACAGGAGAAAUUACACCGGCUUCUCGAUUUACCGCCGCGUCUCGUCACUGUCCGGAGCUCUCGUCUACGCUGGAAACGUGAGCACCGACGGUAGUAGCGUGUGUACCAGUGGAUCCCUCAUCCCCGACAAAGUCAAAGGUAAGAUUGUGUUGUGCGACCGUGGGGUGAAUCCUAGAGUUGAGAAGGGCGUGGUGGUCCAAGAAGCUGGGGGAUUAGGGAUGGUUUUGGCUAAUACCGACAUCGAUGGAGAGGAGCUGGUAGUAGAUGCUCACUUAGUCCCGACCACGAUGGUUGGUGCAAAGGCAGGCGGUGAAAUAAAAAGUUAUAUGAUGUCCGAUAGAUUCAAUGCCACGACCAUCACUAUGUUCAGAGGGAUAACUAGGGUUGGCGUGAACCCUUCCCCGGUUGUAGCGGCCUUCAGCUCGAGGGGACCAAACACUAUCACCCCCGAAAUCCUAAAACCGGACCUCAUUGCGCCCGGGGUGAACAUCCUUGCCGGAUGGACAGGCGCAGUGGGUCCCACUGGCUUAGCGAUGGACACCCGCAGAGUAGAUUUCAACAUAAUAUCUGGCACAUCAAUGUCGUGCCCCCAUGUCAGCGGCUUGGCGGCCCUGCUGAAGGCAGCCCAUCCAGAGUGGAGUCCGGCUGCAAUUCGUUCAGCUCUCAUGACCACGGCAUACUCUACUUAUCAGGACGGGAGCCCGUUGCUGGAUGCAUCCACGGGCAAGCCGUCAACUUCGUACGCUCAUGGUUCCGGGCAUGUGGCCCCUAUGAAAGCCCUCGACCCCGGCCUAGUCUAUGACCUCACCAAAAAUGAUUAUUUGAAUUUCCUCUGUGCAAUGAACUACAACUCUUCUCGAAUCAAAACCCUUGCAGGGAAAACAAGAUUCCGUUGUGACGUCAACAAAACAUACAGCGUGAACGAUCUCAAUUACCCUUCGUUCGCAGCCGCUAUCCGACCUGCAAAGCGUGAAACCCCUAAGGUUUUCAAGAGGACAGUCACCAACGUGGGACAAAAUGGUGCUACGUACCAAGUUUCAAUAUCUUCACCAAGUCCUUCGGUCAAGAUUUAUGUGACGCCACAAACGUUGGUUUUCUGCCGAAACAACGAAACCAAGUCCUUUACGUUGAAGGUUGUUGCAGCUCCAAUGCCGAAGGGUACAAAUGCCUUCGGCAACAUCAAGUGGUCAAACGGUAAGUAUGUGGUGGCGAGUCCAGUUGCUGUUAGUUGGGUUUAA